AUGAAGUAAGUCGAACGAGCGAGGGAUAGAACGAGGGAGGGAGGGAGACAUUGGCCGUUCCAGCUUUUUGGACUCGGAAGAACAUCCAUCCACUCGCCCGCCUUUUUGGUCGUCCCGUCGGUGAAAGAAAUGGUGUUGAACUCCAUCCACAAGACUCAGCUAGCAGCAUUGCUCGUAUUGCUAGCCCUCUGUCCAGGCCGGCUUGAGGCCAGAAACGUUCGUCAAGGCAUAAAAGCCGCCAAAACAGCCUGAUCGUCAGCCAGCAAGAGCGCCUAAGGGAGCCAAUUCAGCCUGAUCUGGCCCACAACUUGGCCUUAACAGCAGCUAAAAGAAAGAAUGGGAGAGAGAGAGAGAGAAAAGGAAAGACGAAGUGAGCACUGAGGAGUGAGUAGCAGUGGCAGCAGCUAACCAACCCAAAACGAACCCAAAGCAAGUCGAAAUAUUGCUUUGGUUCCCAAGUUUGAUAUUCCAGGAUCUGGUUGGCGGUGUGGUUGAGUGCCAUGAAACCAUGUGAGAGCCGGAUUUGUGUCCCGUUUGGCCCGAAAUCGCGUCCAUUUGUUCCAGUGCCAGUCUCAAACGCCAUGAAUGGAUCUCGAUUGUGAAGUGAACAGAGUAGUUGUUACACACUCCCUCACUCCCUCACACACACACACACACACAAAGUUAGCAGCAGUGGUGGUUUUUUCGCCUCUUAACAAGAAGUGCCGCGACUUUCUUAAAUACAAAACAUAAGUGUAUACUCCAUUAGGAUAGUGUUCUAGCCCAUAUUAGAGUUUAUUUCUAGGGGCCAGGGUUUGGCUGGAAUUGAGCCGUUUUGUAUUGACUUGUGCCACGUUCGCCUCUGAAGAUCCAGGGCCAUUGUUUGGUGUGUGUGCUAAAUGAUAUGGAAAAAGUGUCCAAGAUGAAUGUGCUCCUCUGUCGCUUUUGAGCGUGUCCAUCCUCAUUGCUGGCGGCCUUUGAGCCAUGGAAACAACCUCCUUGCGACACCCACUGGAGUCCAAUGACCUCCUGGGAGUCUCCUCCGAAGUGGAGGAGGACGAAGAUGAGGACAAUGGCCUCGACGACUCCACCGAGGAGACCGAUCUCAAGCCUUUGAAACCGCCCAAGAGUGCCUCCAAGAAGAGUACCAAGAUGGAGCUGGUCGUGCCUAUAGUUCCAGUGAAUAUUGAUGGGGUCGAAGAGGUCCAGAAUACCGUGGCUGACCCCCUUUACGAGGAAGAUCUCAUCGAUGGCUUUUCCUUUGCUGCCUUCAAAACCUAUGAGGACCUUGAGCGGAUGGCAAAGUGGUCAGAAUCUCACAAUGGGAAAUUUCCUGACCCAUAUGCCAAGCUGACUCUCCAAGAGGACAAAGAAAAGAAAGAGAAGAAGAAAAAGAAGAAAAAGAAGCGCGAACGGGAGAAACAGAAACAAAUCGAGGCUGCCAACAACGGAAGCAAGCAUUCCCCGGGAUCUACAUCCGAAAGAGGAUAUAUCUGUGAUAGCGAAAGUAGCGACGACGAACCGCUUAAGAAACCGAAGUGCACCGACAACGGAGUUGACCUCUUCGACAAUCGCCGAGCCGAUUUGCCGAAUGGUCUGAGUGGGUCCGUGAAUUCUCCGGAUCGAGCUUCCUCCGCUUCUUCGACUUCCACAACAGCCACUGAAGUCUCCUCUGCUGUGGUGUCUGUUGGGGUUGUUUCCGGUCCCUUGCCCGCGCCCCUUCCCCUACCAACCUCCGGGGUUGUUCCGAGUGGAAGUGCGGCUGGAGCGGUCGGAGUGCCGUGUGCCAAAGCCGCCGCCGCCGCCGCUGCCGCCAAAAGCAAGGGCCUGUAUCGACCCUACGCCAUUAGUCCUCCGCCCACGAGUGUGGUUGAGAACAAGCUUCCCCAGACCCCGCACUCCACGGCUGCCCCUACGCCUUUGGGUGCGCCCCAUCACCAUCAUCCAGCUUAUAGACCGCCUUCGCAUAGUACGAUCCACGAUCCCUAUAACUUUGCCAAUCAUCAUCCAGGAUUCCCCCCUUCCACCAACCCGUUCCUGAAUUUCACUGGGAUACCGCCUGGUUUCGGGGGUCCGCCUCACAAUUCGUUUGGGUUGACCACAACCGCUGCCGGGAGCACACCAUUAACAUCGACGGUUGCGGCCAAUCGAUCCAAUUCAUCACCCACGGAAUCUCACUCCAGAGAGCGAAGGGAAUCCAUUAGCAGUUCUGUCAGCAGCCUGAGCCAAGGGUCACUCACGCCAUCAACCACUCCAUCUGGAUCCAAGAUUCCACCCUCAUGGCCAAGCCCCAGUCAACCCGCUUCUUCCGCGUCUUUGUUGUCCGCCACUUCUACGUCAUUCACAUCCAAGAGUAGUAAUCCGGGGCGGCCCCCCAUUCCCGGCUCCGGCGGACCCUCUGCCGCCACGUUGGCGCCCGACCCGAGGGCGGCCUCCACUCUCGGGGGCGGAGAUAUUCUCAGACGCCACCUGGAUCCUCGGUUUCUGGGUGCUCCACUCCCUUCCUCGUCGGCACCAGGGGGUGGUCUGGGGCCACCACCGAGUCUCGUGGGUGGGACCGUGGGGGCACCGCAUCCAUUGGGCGUGGGGCGACCGGGUGAUAUGCUGCGCACGCCCAUCAUGGGCCCAACUUCGAUGCCACCGGUGGCAGCCGCUACACCUUCCGGACCCAAUUCACUCCUGGCUAAUCCAAUGAUGAAGGAUGUGCCAAAAAUAGGCGAAGGGAACCCAAUGUUUUACUCGGGAUUGCCGCCAUUGGCACCCAGAGGCUCAUCCAUCCGACCACCGUUUGUCAAUCCCGCCGUGUCUCAACCUGCGAUGCAAUCCUCCAUGCCUCCAAAGAAAACGGGCAAGUGGAAUGCAAUGCAUGUAAGGAUUGCGUGGGAGAUUUACAACCAUCAGCAAAAGCAAAAGGGCGACAAUUCCAAGCCUGGCAGUUCGAGCUUGACCCCGUCCAAUUCCGGGGCCAACCCGUCUAGUCUUUCCACUGUGAAACCAGGAGCCAUUGACCUUCUGGGUAAACAGCCGCCUCCUCCUGGUUCAGCUGAUUUACUGAAAGGCGGCAAGGGUCCUUUAGGACCGCCCCAUCGUGGCACACCGCCUAGUGGUCCCAAUGAUCUCAUUUGUCACCCUCCCGUGUAUCCGCAGGGCAUGCCACGCCCACCUCCAGCCGACCCCUUAAGUCCAUUCGGUUUGCACCGCCCGCCAUAUCCGGGGAUGUACGGUCCGUCUCCAAUUGGUGCAAUGACACCUUUCCCACGGUUCGGCAACUCAACCACUCCCUUUGGUGGGCUGGGUUCGUUGCGGGGUGGACCGCUUGCCGAUCCUUUCGGUCUAACUCGUCCGCCUUUUGCUCCACCCCCGCACUCCUCAUCCCCCUCGCCAGCGGCACCCACGUGGCCGUUGAAGUCAGAAUCGAGUUUGCUGAGCUCUCAGGAGAAAUCUCGCCGCGAGGCCGAAGAUCGGCGGCAUCGAGAAGAGCGGGAUCGGAAACUCCGGGAAAAGGAGAGGAAAGAGAGAGACGUGACUCGGCACCACUCUUCCUCGUCCUCUUCCCACAAUCCAUUGUCCUCCUCCAUGUCCUCCUCCUCCUCCUCCUCCCUGCAUAGUCGAACUAAUGGCGAUAUCAUGAUCCCAGAUUACCCUCGCCGCCGUGAUAAUUCCAGAUCUCCACACCGCACCUCCCUUUCCGGUUCCAUGGUGCCCCCCGGUAUUAGCCCUGGAGCCCGAAGUACAACCUCUUCCAGUGGCGGACCGGCUGACUCUCUGCGCCUGGAACGGGGCGGGCCAUCCCCUCUAGUCAAGAAAGAGGACCGACCUUCGAGUGCCUUGGACAUGACCACGUCCACGAGCAGGCCCAGCUCGCGGGCCAACACCGCACUCUCGGAUGAGAUCUCCAUAGUGAAACCGGAGAUGAAGCGAGAGGACUCGAGUAGUGAGAUCACCGUGGUCAGCGAGAAAGAGGGCAACACCACCAUUGCCCACAACGGCGGCCGCUCCAGUGUUCAUGAGAGGUCGUCCUCAGUGUCUUCCUUAAAACGAGGCCACAGUCCCGUGGUGAAUAAUAGUGCCAUAUCCUCUAAGGAGCGACUGAGUAACCCUCCCAGUCGAAGUGGAAGUGAUCACCGAUCGGCCACGGCCUCGCUUCCGCCCGUUUCACGGGGACUCCACCUCCCGCCGCCACCCCCUCCCCCGGGAGCAGUCAGUCACGGCAUGCUCUUCCCCAACAUGAACUCCGCCGUCUCAAUGGCCGACCCCAGGAGUCUCUACGCCAAUCUGAUGGCCUCCGUGGGCUCGCAUAUCCCCGUUUCUCACGCCUCGUCCCUGUUCUCAUUGGCCGGGGGUGGGCACGGCGGGAUGCUCCCUCUCCCCGGGGGCAUGGAUCCAUUUCGAGACCCCUACCGGGCCAUGGCCAUGUACGGGAGCAAGGAUCCAUUGCGAGAGGCCCGUGAGAGAGAGCUGCUUCGGAUGAAUCCCCUGGGAUCCAUGAUCAUGAGUGAACAGGACCGCGCCAGGAUGGUGUCCAUGGGGUACCCCCCGGUGACGGCGGCUCCUCCCGGUCUCUUUGGGCCUCAUUCGUCGAUGGGUAUGCUCGGUGCUAGUGGCUUCCCUCCUCAUAGUUCAGCCGCCGUGGCCGCAGCGGCUGCGGCAGCCGCCAAGUCGCCCUACGGCAUGUACCAUCCGCCGCCACCGGGUUUCCCACCGGGCGCAGGCGGCGGGGGCUUAGGGAGCUUGGGUCCUCCCGGGAUGCCCCCCGGCAUGAAUGGUGGCCUCGGGGGACCCCCUGGCCUCCAUGGAAAGGACUUCCCCCGGUGAGGGAGCCAUCACCAUUGUCGAUUCCCUUCAGAAAGAAUGCCUCCAUAGCCCUCCUCUACACACACAACCACACCUGGGGCACCCUGCCCCGCCCCGUCCCCCGCUCGUAGACCUCGACCGGGGUAGAGAGUUUUAGAUUUGUAUGAUCAAUGUCAGGGAUAGAUCCAUCACCACGUUGUUCUUCUAUUGUAUCAGUCAGCCUUGGCUUGUUUUACCGAGCGCCCGCCAUACAAGCAAGCAAGCAAGCAAGCAAGAAGAACACGAAGAAUUCGCGAUGUUGCUUUCGGGAAGCCUUGAUGGAGAUAGCGACAAUAACUACAACCAGUAUGAUGGGCUCAUAUUCUAAAUCACACUUAGCCGCCACCGGCUCUCUUUUAAUCGAUGGAUAUUCCGUUUUUCGAGCGUGGUCUCCAGCCCGCCGUGUCCGGUUUGUUUCUCAUGCUGAAACGAGUUUACCCGCAUAAAUGCAGCUCCUCCUCCUUGUUCAACUUUCUUCCCUCAAAAUGGCUCGUGAACCUACUUGAUUUGCUCCCGUUUGAAAUCAUAUUCAUUCAUAAUGACGAGGACGUGUUAUUAUUAUAAUAUCUCUCUCUCUACAUAUAUAUAAAUAUAGCCUCGGAUGCUAUGCCCCACCCCACCUCCCGUCACGUAUUCGUCUGCCCAAUUAUUAGUUGACCAAUGUCUCUUUGCUUUUCUUUUCGCUGUCCUGGACAGUCGAAACCCCCCCUCGAGCCUUAACAAGAAGGGCGGAGACCGUUUUUAAGUUUCAUGAGCAUCCUCAACCACAUAAUCAUCUUCAUUAAUGCUAUAUUAUCACCAUGCUGUAGCUGUGAGAAGAUUAUUAUCGUCAGUGUUCAAUACAAAUUGAAAUGAAAUUUGCCCAUCCGA